AUGAAACAGAGCGAGCACGUGAAGACCAACUACCAACAACCCGCAACUGUCGCAGAUUUCGUGGCAGAAGUGGGCGUCAACAUUGCUCUCGGCCUCUCUCGAGAUGACGCCAUGACGCGUCGCACAUUGUACGGCCCGAACCGCGUGACGCCGCCAGUGAACUGUCCGGCCUGGAUCUGCUGUCUAUUGCCGUGUCUCCUGCGCAAAGCCUCGAUGCAGUUGUAUCAGAAGGCGCUGCCUCGGGAGGCCACAGUGCGUCGGCAAGUACGUGGAGAUGGAACUAAACAGAGCACGCGGUCUCUGAAAAUGGACGCCAUGAGUCUCGUUUACGGAGACGUGGUGGAGCUCAAGGUCGGAGACGUCGCAGGUGCAGAUCUGCGCGUUGUAGAGUGCUCGACGGACUGUGAAGUGGACCAGACGACGCUCGUGGGUGACGCCACGAGAGCGAGAGGGCGCGGAAGUGGGAGGAGGAAACAGGUGACAACGGAUCGGCCGUCUUUCCAUCUGGAGCAGGACCCACUGCGGUGUGGGAACAUUGUGCCAAUGACAGCGACUGUGGUGCAAGGCACGGCUGUUGCAGUGGUCGUGGCGACCGGAGAUUCUACGAUAUGGGGCCAGAUGAUCGCGCUGCAGACAUGGCCGGUGGCUCCAGGAACUGUAGAUAGGGACAAAAAGAUGGAGGAUGACGAAGAAGUGGAGCACGAGCAAACCAACUUGAUCGUGUAG